CAGAUAUGAUGUCCAGGGUGGAGAUGUUCCAAAGUUUCGACAAGGAUGGACCUCGCAGUAGUGACCAGGGGCGCUCCGAUAAGAAACCAAGGGCUCCCUCCGUCACAAAAGGCAAGGACGCUAUCGUAAUCAUGCCUUCAUCCGUGACGAAACGCAAGGCUCCUAGUACUGCAGCCCGCAUCACCCGGAGCAUGAGUGACAUUCCCACUACGGGGAUGACUACCUGGUUACGAGGUAACAUUGAGUUGCCCCUGCUCUUAUCACAGACAAUCCCGGUGACUGAGAAGGAAAAAAUUUCAGCACUUGACAACGUUGCUCUAGAGAGGAAGAGUCACCAUGGUCUGGCAGAGCUACUAACAUCCAUCUCUGAGGUGAACCGAAGGAAAGACGAGCGCAAGCAAGAGUUGCUGCUACAACUUACCGAAUUAGCAAAAGAGGUG